CUUUUCGACUUCCUUCCAUCCUCACUCCAUCUUCCCUCUGCACUUGCUGUCUCAUGCAUCUGUCAGCUUAUGACUUGACCCAACCCCUCCGCUGCCAUCCCGCAAGGCAUGCAUUGAUCUGUUUCCAACACAAACUCCCUGGGUGAACCUCCGGGAAUGCCGCCGAAGCUGGUCUCUGGCCCUGCGCCACGCGCUCUCCGACGUCGUCUACUACCCCCUACGACACCCUCUCCGGUUAAACCGCCUGUCUCCCGAGAGCAAUACUUUGCCUCUCCUUCCCCGCGGACUCUGGCCCAGCCACGACCCGAUAUCAUACAUGGCCCGCAGUUGACCCGCGAGUCUCCGACACUUUUCUCGCAAACUGGUUUCCGACCAUCUGUAUCGGACCCUCUUGAUGGGGGCUCGAAACGAGAUCAUGAACCUCCCGACGAGCGCAUUCUGAAGCUUGGAAAGACUCUACGCAUCCUCUCGCCUCUCCUCCCCACCCUUCUCAUCAACCCGCUACCCCCGAACAUCCUCUCCCCCAGUAUAGCCCUGCAUCUCUUCCCCUCCACGCACCCACAUCUCCCCACCGUCAAGGGCCGCACACUCUACCGCGCCGCGCUCUGGACCGUCCCAGUAGCAUGGAGCAGCCUCCCCCUACUAGGAAAUGUCAAGCUUCAAAUCCUCAGUGAGCGUAUCGUCCGCGCAGGAACGGUCCUCGAACCCGAACGACCGGACAACGACCACGAUACCAGCGACGAGCGUCUCGUCGUGCGCUGGCGAACCGAGCCGCGGAGCGAAUCCACUACCUCCGACUCGGAACCUUCCAGCACAUCGUUCACCGCCGCAUCUCCUACGCUAUCAAGCGAUACCCAAGGCACCAACAAGAGUAAUGGCAGUCACCUCUCAUCUUCGAAAGCCGGGAUCAACAAAGGCCUUAGCGUCCUGCUGGGCGGGGACGCUCCGAUCUUCAAGUUGAAGAAGGAAGAGCAGUUCACGGGCCUAUUCAUCUUCUCCUUCGACGAGGAAGGUCGAAUUGCGUCGCAUACGAUCGAGCACGCGGAUGAUGCGCGCGGAUGGAAUCGCACGCCCAAGUUCGUGACUCUGACUGAUUGGUUGAUCGGCAAGGCGAGAGGAUCGCUUGACCCUGCUGCAGAGCCGGGGCUAGCUAUGCAGGGCUGUCAUUGGCAGGAUGCGCAGGAGUACCUCGAUAGGGAUCGUUUCCAUCAUGAACAACAUUAUUAUCCUCGUGGUCGGUGAUCGUAGGCCCUCAGGCCUCGUUUUACCCUUCCGCACUAUUUGAGACUCCCUUCUAUUCCUAUCACCGAG